AUUCCCGCUUUCGCUCGUCAUCUCUCGCAAAACGAUUUUGCGUUACCAGCUCCUCUUCCGUUUUCUCUUACUUCUCAAGCAUGCAGAACAGUCACUCGCAUCGAUGUGGAUAGAACAGAAGACAAGUCCCUGGCGGCGUCCUGUACCAAACCACCCUGAGUUCGAAGUUCGCAUACUCGCUUUCGUUCGGCAAAUACUAACUUUUACGGCAUUCGGGGCGAAAUUGGCUAAGGUAACCACCGUAGACCAGCUUCUGAGGGAUCACGUGGACUUUCUGGACACGUACCUGAAAGAAUGCAUAUUAACGAUGACGUGCUCUACAUUCGCACCGUACACCUCCUUCACCAACGGUGACGGCCAUCAGGCGAUGAACAAACGCUGGGAAUUUCUGAAGAAGUUUGAGUUGAGCUUUAAUCACUGUACUACGCAUCGAGUGAAUGUGUCGCUGCUUCCUCUUAUGGUGCGGUUGAGUGGCAUCAAGGCGAUAUCAUAGCAUGAGCUGCAUCGAUGUGAAGUGGGGGGCCCUGGUGAUUGACAGAGAACGACGCCCAAAAAUUCGUUUAGGUUUAUUGCUUUCUCAGGUCUGUCGUUGUUGCAUUUUGUUCUUCUA